GGCACUGGAUCAAAAGGAGGAACGGAGUCAUGAGCAGACAGCGUAGGCGGGUAGCGCUAGUGUCUAGACUAGACUAGCUGUCAAGAUCUAGUAGUAGAGUAGGCGAGGGGGUGCGUAGUGGUGGGAGGGGGACGGGCUCUGGGGUCGUGGUAGUGGAAGAGAAGUAGGGUGCGUGUAGGCGACGAGGGGGAAGAGAGGCGCGUAGACUAGACUAGGAAGAGUGGUAACCAUAAAUGAAACGAUCGUAGGGUGCGGCACUGCGGGACCCAGAAAAGUCAAUGUCAGAAACUUUGACCCGGGAGAACGAAAAUCUCCGUAGAUUGGACAAAGGUGGAGAUAGAUUCAUUCAAUUCAAGAUGGAAUCUUCCCAGCGGAUGCUUUGCUCAUCCGCGCCUCGGCCUUCGUCGGCCAUCGUCGCUCGGCUUGGCCGCUCGCCUCCAUCGGGAACGGCAGCAAAUAUCACCAUCGUCGUCGUGUCUUGCGAGUGAGUCAGAUCGAGGGCGAGAGCAAAGAAGGCGCUCAGGCACGGCGACCGCAGACUCCCACUCUUUCCGCACUCUGCUCCGUCUCUGCUCUCUCGCCCGCCCGCCCGCUCGCUCGCUUCACUUUGACCACCAGUGUAUUGAUUGCCAGAAGCUUGCGGUGACAGAUCCCCUUGCCUUGGAAGAAGAAUAGAAUGAAGGAAGGAAGGAAGGAAGGCAGGCGAAGGAGAAGGAGUAAAAGUCGGCAGAGAAAGAAGGAAGAGGAAGAAGGCAAUACUGACAGUUCUUUGUUGUUACCGGGCUUUGGAUUCAUUGGCUUGAGUUUGUGCGGGUAAGUUGCUUGAUUUUUACACUUUCGCAGACAGGCGAAGUACGUGCAGUACAUUUACUGUUCGCAGGCAGGCAGGCAGACAGACAGACAGACAGAGUCUUGCCCACUUGAAGAGGGGAGAUUGUGGGAGGGAGGGUCCGUUCUUGAACCAAAGGUCUUAAAGCCACAGAUGCUUCUUUUUUAUGGCCAUGGGGAACGGAAUUCAGUUGCGAGCGUGUCAGAAGAAUCCAAACGCCAGAGAAGAGAGAGAGGGAGAGAGAAAGAAAGCGAAGGAAAAGAAGAAACAAAUUUUAUCCAUCGGCGAUCCGGCAUGCAGCUCGGCAGGCAGCUUUACGAUCUCGCCAUUUAACCCACGACUGACAAAAGAGAAGAGUGGUAAAGCUUUUGAGAUCUGGGGAAAAUCAGACCAUGAGACCUGCACUCAGAAGAAGAUUGAUACUUGAAAAGGGGCAAAAGGUGAUGGAGCAACGGGGGCUUUUUCCUCUUUGUACCUCUCCCUCCUUUACUCACGACAGUUGCGAGAUGUUCAUGACCCGGUCAUUCGUUUGGUUGGCGACCAAAAAAUGGCAAUUGUAGGAUGGAUGGACGGACGAAGGAAGAGAGGCAGAAGGAGACUCGAGGGGGAUUCUGAUGCUGUUGUUGGUGGUGCCCCCCAAGCCGCCCCCUCCUCCUGCCCGCCCACUGGCCCCGGUCCUUAGCCCCCUUUCGAACCAGAUCCUCCCCUCUCAGAAGAACAUGUACGACGGAUGUACAAACGGCUCCGCUCCUCACUCGAUCAUGAGAGGGAAGCGGGUAACACCUUGAGCCCAUCUCGAGACAGUGAGGUGCCUUCAGAGCUUUGAUGUACAUCCCAUCGUACACUCGUCUCACGCAGAGUAAUCUCAGGAGGGCCCAAAUUCUUACCUCACCCGUUCAGUUCUCCUCACGUUGGUAUCAAGCCUAGGGAUGGUUGGGAUGCGACAUGUUGCCAUUCCUGCCACGGGAAUGCCCCUCCUACUGAAGCUCUCCAGAUAUCCCCCCGACCUAUCCCGGACCAAGGAAGCAAAGGACCAAUCUGUACGUGGUACUCUUCGCACCGCCAUGAGGAACUUUCCCAGGAACCAGUUCAUUCAUGCCAAUUGUUUUCCAGCAGUGAGCACUGAGCUCUGCCCCCUCUUUCGACAGGACGAAGGACUCCCCGAGUCCCCGAGCCGCUGCCUCGCUCCCUUGCUUGGUUCCCUAUUUCAAGCGUCCAGUGUUCUGGAAGUGAAUCAUGUUAGCAUUUAGAGAUUGGUCUCAAAAGAUGAAGAACCGAAGUUUGGAGAUAGCACUGCGCUUUAUGGCAAUUAAACAACCAUCUGAAGAUGGUCAUGGAUUUGAACCAGAUCGAAAAGAGCAAUUAGUGACUGACAGUUAUGAGGCUACAAAAUGGUCAGUGGAACUGAAUCGGCAGAGUCUAUGGAACUUUGACUUCAACUGACUUGACCCCGAGAUCUGGCGCACAUCUGCAACGAAGAAGAAGCUGCUGCAGCAGCGGCAGAAACUGACACUCGCAAUCAGAGUAUUAAUCUCAAGCAUUAGUUUGGGUUUGAGUGAAGCCCACCAACUUGGAGCAAUAUUAAGUACACUUUCAUGCACACUCUCUCUUAUUCUCUGGCCUGGGAAUUGGUGUAGCCUACCAUCUUAAAGGCUAAGUACGAAUGCCUUCUACUUGGACUCAACUUUUUGAAUCGUAACAUAUGCUUAAUUAAGAUUACCAUAAACAAGCAGUUAAUGCAGGGAUAUUGCGAUGGCUAUCAUGCAGUUAACUGAUAUGAUCUUUGAGACCUCAUUUGAGAUUGAUACAGUAAUGCAAUUUUUGGGAUAUGAUUGACGAACUUUUCAGAGAAGAAAGUAAUUAACUCCUCUAUCAUGAUCAUUUAGGAUUCAUUGCGAAGAAGUAUGUAAUCAUUGAGUUGACAUUAAAGAUUAGUUCCAGUGGAUGGAUUUGCAAUCUUUAAUUAGUCGGGAACGAAGGCAUGGCUUGCUACGCAUCCAGUUUCAUGCUGGCCAUGAUGGAAGCAGGAGGAUAAUUUGUUUGAAGCCGUAAGAUUAUGGGGGAAAGGAGGGGUUGGAAUAUGUCGUGAACUUCUCACUAAGACCAGAAGUUUGAUAGGAAGAAAUCAUUACAUGAUCUUCCUGGCAGUUUUGUAUUCUUAUCAGAAUGAUACGUCGUGCAAGUCCGUGCUUCCUCUAAUUAAUGCCUAUGUAAAGGAACAGUGAUUACACGUCUUGAACAAUAUCCAAUUAGAAGCAGUAUGAGAUCCAGUCUGGCACCUUUGGUUUCGUUAGAACACUGAGGCUCCCUAGUUUCAUUUUUUGGAACAUGACUUCUCGUUCCAAAUCGAUUUCAUUUAAUUGAAACACAGAGUUAUUAUUCCAAAUCAUUUGGAUCCAACCAAGUUAUACAUAAACGAAACGAAAAACAAGAGAAACUUGUAACGAUGUCCCUGUAUCAUCCAGCAUCACAAUAUGUUAAUACUAGAGGAGAAAUAUCAUAACUUAGUGCAUACGUUAUGGUGA